UAUCAGUUGCCGUGGAGUGAUUUGACGGAGGGAGAGUCUUGUGGCUGGACCAUCUGUGCGCUGCUUCGGCUGUUCCCUAACGCGCAUCUAAUGUUUCUCUUCCAUUUGGAAAGAUAGUAGGAACAGAUCACGCUUGUGAAUCGUGCAUGCCAGGAGCGGAGGAUCCUGUCGCCGGUCAACGGCAGCUUUUUAAAAACAAUUUCCCCCCUCAUGAUACACUAAUUAAUCGGAGGCAUGUGGAAUUGCAUAAGGAUUACGAAUUGCUUUCUUAUGGUGUGUCUGCUGUUGACAUUAUAUACUAAGGUGUCCCACUCCUCGGGCUAUUUUGAGCUACAGCUGAUUACCGUACAGAAUGUAAACGGUGAGUUGUCGGACGGGGAAUGCUGCGAUGGCAGUAGGAACACACAGGACCUCCGCUGUAGCCGGGACGAGUGCGACACAUACUUUAAAGUAUGUUUAAAGGAAUUUCAAUCCGAGGUCACGACAAAAGGCGCUUGCACUUACGGAAGUGGAUCUACUAACGUUCUUGGUGGAAAUAAUUUUCAUUUUAAGAAUAUCAAAAACAAUCAAAACAAAAUCUACGGUGCUGGCAAGAUUAUAAUUCCUUUCCAAUUCGCUUGGCCGCGGUCCUACACCCUCAUCGUGGAGGCCUGGGACUGGGACAAUGACACGCGCAACAACGAUGGCCUGUUGAUCGAUCGGAACAUCCACAAGGGGAUGAUGAACCCCGGGGACGAAGGGCAGACCAUCCAGCACAACGGCCCCAUCGCCAGCUUCAACUACACCAUCCGCGUCAAGUGCGACGAGAACUACUACAGCAUCAAGUGCAACAAGCAGUGCCGCCCCCGCGACGACUACUUCGGCCACUACGUGUGCGACCAGUUUGGGAACAGGGGCUGCAUGGAGGGCUGGAUGGGUCCGGACUGCCGAACAGCUAUCUGCAAGCAAGGCUGUAACCUCCUCCAAGGGGGCUGCGCGGUGCCUGGAGGAUGCACGUGUAACUACGGCUGGCAGGGCCCGUUCUGCGACGAGUGCAUCCCUUACCCGGGCUGCAUUCACGGGACCUGCUCCAAGCCGUGGCAGUGCAGCUGCGAGAAGAACUGGGGCGGCCUGCUGUGCGAUAAAGAUCUGAACUACUGUGGGACCCAUCACCCCUGCGUGAACGGAGGGACCUGCAUGAACACAGAGCCGGACGAGUACCACUGCGCCUGUCCCGACGGGUACUCGGGCAAGAACUGUGAGAUCGCGGAGCACGCCUGCGUGUCCAACCCCUGUGCCAACGGGGGCACCUGCCACGAAAUACCGUCUGGGUUCGAGUGUCAGUGUCCGCCGGGCUGGGGGGGAGCCACUUGUGCCAAAGACACGGACGAGUGUGCCUCUAACCCCUGCGACAAGGGCGGGACCUGCAUAGACGGCGAGAACAGUUUUGAGUGCCUCUGCCCCCCUCAGUGGGCUGGGAAGACCUGCCAAUUAGAUGCUAAUGAGUGCACUCUCACUCCGAACCCUUGCCAUAAUGCUUACUCUUGCAAAAACUUAAUUGGUGGAUAUCAUUGUGACUGCUUACAAGGAUGGGCUGGACAAAACUGUGACAUCAAAAUAAACGCCUGCCACGGACAGUGCCUGAACGGAGCGGCAUGCAAGCCGGACAAGGAGGCGCACAGGGGCUACCGCUGCGUGUGCCCGCAGGGCUUUGUGGGCAUACACUGCGAGAUCCAGUCGGACUCCUGCGCCAGCAGCCCGUGCCGCAACGGCGGGCAGUGCCACAACGUGGUGGGCAGCUUCGUCUGCGAGUGUCUGGAGGGCUUCUCCGGUGCCACGUGCGAGGUGAAGUCUAAUCCCUGCAGCCCCAACCCCUGCCAGAAUAAGGCUCAGUGCCACAGCCUCAUGGACGACUACUACUGUGCCUGUCCUGAGGACUACGAGGGCAAGACCUGCUCUGACCUCAAGGACCACUGCAAGACCACCCCCUGUGAAGUGAUUGACAGCUGCACCAUCGCCGUGGCGACCAACGCCACAGAGGAGGGUGUGCGGCACAUCUCGUCCAACGUGUGCGGCCCCCACGGGCGCUGCAUCAGCCUGCCUGCCGGAAACUUCACCUGCUCCUGCGAGCAGGGCUUCACCGGGAUCUACUGCCACGAGAAUAUCAACGACUGCGUCUCCAGCCCCUGCAAGAACGGGGGCACCUGCAUCGACGGGGUCAACUCCUUCAUGUGCUUCUGUCCUGAUGGGUGGGAGGGCGCCCUCUGUGACCUCAACGUGAACGAAUGCGGCCGCAACCCGUGCAAGAACAACGGCCGCUGUGUGGACCUGGUGAACGACUUCUACUGCGAGUGCCUGGACAACUGGAAGGGGAAGACCUGCCAUUCGCGUGAAAGCCAGUGUGAUGCCAGCACUUGCAGUAACGGGGGGACUUGCUAUGACCACGGAGAUGCCUUUCGCUGUGCCUGCCCCCCAGGAUGGGGUGGCAGCACCUGCAACACAGCUAAGAACAGCACGUGCGCGUCGGGCCCCUGCGAAAAUGGCGGGACCUGUGUAGGAGGGGGCAACGCGUUCACCUGCAUCUGCAAGGAUGGCUGGGAGGGGCCCACGUGCACACAGAACACUAAUGACUGCAACCCUCACCCCUGCUACAACGGUGGCAUCUGUGUGGAUGGAGUCAACUGGUUCCGAUGCGAGUGUGCCCCCGGUUUCGCUGGACCAGACUGCCGAAUCAACAUUGAUGAAUGCCAGUCGUCCCCCUGUGCCUACGGCUCCACCUGCAUAGACCAGAUUAACGGCUUCCGCUGUGUUUGUCCUGUGGGCCGGGCCGGGCCUCGCUGCCAAGAGUUUAUAGGCGUUGGGAAGACGUGUCGCUACGCCGGGCUGCAGUUUCCACACGGCAGCCGCUGGGAGGAGGAGUGCAACAGCUGCCAGUGCAUGAACGGAAACGUGCAGUGCAGCAAGGUCAUGUGUGGCCGUCGACCAUGCCUUCUGCAGAGGACGUCGGGGCAAGAGCGCCACCAGUGUCCCGCAGGCCAAGAGUGCCAGGAGCACAACUUCCUGACCUGCUUCUCACCCCCGUGCCACCAGUGGGGCAUCUGCUCUUCGGCCGACCCGUCGCCCCCCAUCAACACCAAGUGCGAGCCGAACACCGGGUACCUGGACAACAGCUGCGCCAGGAUCACGCUCAUCUUCAACCGAAACAAGGUUCCACUGGGAACAACGGUGGAGAACAUCUGCACGGAGCUGAGGUACCUGCCCGCCACUCGAACCCUGGCCAAGGACCGCUCCCUGCUGCUGCUCUGUGACCUCUCCUACUCCAACCCAGAUGCAGUGGAGGUGGCCAUUUCCUUCGAGCAGAAUGAGCAGGAUAACAGCCUGAUCCAGGAAGCUGCCAGCACCAUCAUCAACACGCUGUACAAGAGCCACAACAGCACCGUCAUGCUGGCCGUCAUCGAGGUCAAGGUGGAGACGCAGGUCAUGCCGAAAUCAGUGGAUUACCUGGUACCUGUGCUGUGCGUGGUCUUUAGCCUGCUGUGGAUCUUCUGCAUCAUCAUCUGCAUCUGGUGGACCCGCAAGCGGAGAAAAGAGCGGGAAAGAAGCCGGGCGCCGGUGGAGGAGAGCGUCAACAACCAGUGGGAACCGCUGAAGCCCGGCCGCCAGCAGCACAAGGACAACAGGGACAUUCAGUACGAAUGCAAGAAGCUCAUGUCCUCCUCCGACAGGACUUGCGACGGGGGGGAGGAAGAGGAGGACGAGGAGGAGCUGGAGCUGGAGGAGGGCAUGGAGGUCGACAAGUGCCCCUCCCACAAGUACUCAAAGACUGCGGUGCAGGCCAAAGAAGUCAUCUGCACUACGCGCAGCUCCCCGGUCAAGCGACCCCACCGGACCACCAACAGUCCCAAGGACAACCGCUGUAAAAACGUCAACGCUGCCAACGUCAGCCAGGAAAUCAAAGACCACUACGUAUGAACGAGCGAACGAGGGACGAGGGGGCAUUCAAACAAAGAAUGAAAGCCUCCAUCUCUCCGCGCUAUUUCAGACAAAGAGUUAAAAAAAAGUUAUUUUUAUUAUUUUUAUUUUUUCUGUCUGUAAAUUAUUUGAGGCUCUGCGACGAAGCAGAGAAGAUUCUCUUUUUGAUAUUAGCAUUAUUUUCUAUGUUCGGCUAUUGCAAAAAACAAAAACAAAAAAAACGGCAUUUCUUUUUACCAGGGAGUUUGAGGCCUGAUUUUGCGACGUACUGUUAAAAAUUUUUAAAAAGGAAAAAAAAAAAAGCCGUAAAAAAAAAGAUAUUUGUACAAAGAUGUUUUUUUGUUUACAGGUAAUUCAUGUUUUUUUUAACGGGAGGGCCCUCUCCAAGCGUAUUGUGUGGAAUGGGUUUCCGAGCGACGUGCGGAAUCCUGUGAGGACUGUGAGGAAUCGUUGAAUGGCAGCUCUUUACUUUACAUCACGCAUCGUACUACUGUCGGUCUUCUCUGGCCCGAAUCUGCCUUACCAAGCGCACAGCUCCACAAAGCGGGACGACCUGUGUGACUGAAGUGGCCUUUUUUUUCUUUGUCGUCUUCUCUAAGCCUGUACAAGGAUUUCAGUAUUUGUGUUGGUAGCAAGUGCCUUUGGAGCCCUUUGUUUUUCACCGUCAGACCCUAUAAUUAGCAGUCAAACAAAGGGAAAGAUGUCCUUUCAGAAUUCUUUUUCGUAUAACCAUAAAGGUAUUUGAUCAAAAAAAGAGAGAGAAAAGAAACAUUGUAUAUAUGUACAUAUUAAAGGAAUCGCUGUGUAUAUUUGAAGUUAGUAACUUAAGACAAGUCACACUUUUUUAUUAUUGUUAUUAUUAUUAAUAUUAUUUUGUUUUUUUUUUUACAAUGCCAUUCCUUUUAUUUAUGUCAGUUGACAAAGGCAGGUUUUAACAGUUAAGAAACAGUAUCCCACUUUACCUUAAGAGCAUUAAUAUAAUCAUUGAUCAUCAUUUUUUUUUGUCUGCUUUACUUUAAAUGAAAAAUAACACUAAGAGAUUGUGUAACGUAUGGCGACAUGUUUGUUUGCUUCUCCAGUUGGGGGGUCCCCUGUCCCAAACUGAGGCUUAUGUUUUUCAAGACAUUUGUGGAAGUUCCUAACGAAUGCCUUAGGUGUGGCCGCUUGCCCCACUUAAUUUACUUUGUGAAUACUAGUAUGUCAAAUUUUGUGAUACUAUGUAUUAGUGCAUCAUAUUUCUGCUUUGAAUUUAGGCUUAAUGAAGGGAACAAUUUUUUGUUGUUGUCAAGCUUUUGUGUUAGUGCUGUUUCUGCACAGCAGCAGACUGGGAAACAUACAACGAUUGAAACAAAGUGGAUUACCUCAAACAGUAGUGGAUUUUAUUUUGUAAUGUUUAAUAUUGCAACUCUUGGAGAAGAGUCUUGUUUCAAUAUUUGAGACAAUGCAAAAUCAAAGAAUGAAAAAAAAACACUACCCAUAUUAGAGCCGGUAAACAAAGAUUUGUUUGGGAAAAAGAAAAGAAAAGAAAAAAACGGGGAGAAAUUUGAAUGUGCAGAAAAAUUGUAAUUAUUUUGUACAAAAAGUUGCUUUGCAAAGUCAUUUGGUUCGUUUAGUGGAAUUUUGUUUGUUCUUAGAAAUAAAUCAAACUAUUUAUUAAAGCAUUUUAUAACAAUGUCAUUCGAAAGCCUUCUGUGGACUGGUGUUGAGUAUUACAAGACAUGAAUAGUACAAGAGUUAGCAUACAUUUUCUGGGCUGGCCUGUGCCUUUUACAUAUUGUGUGCUUAGCUAAUUAUUUAUUUUAAGCAAAUAUUCCAACACCAGACUUCCAAACACCUUAGUAACAUGCCAUUCUUUAUUUCAAACCUGUAGUAAAAAGGACAUUUUGUAUUUUCAAAUAGAGUAAAAUAUGUCAAAUGUGUCUGUCAGUUUUGAAAUAGCUGUAAUAAAUUUGGUUUGGAGUUUGUUCAAUA